AUGGACCCGUUUCAAGCAAAGCUCACCGCUGCCGCGACUGGCGCGACGCUUACCGCCCUUACGAUGACCCCGUUCGAUGUGGUGAAGACGCGGCUGCAGACACAACCACGCGCGUCACCACAAGCUCUGUUCCCGACACCUCCGCCAGGUAUGUGCUGCCAGCCCGCAACAAAACAAGUGUCCUGCGUACGGCGGAUGUCCUCGCUAGCUCCAGCAUUAGAAGGGGAGGUUGUAUGCGUAUGGGAUCAUGGUAUCCUCCGGCAAGAGCGAGUCACUGGUUUUUUGGACGCUAUACGGCACGUCAUCCGUGCGGAGGGCGUCACUGGGCUGUGGAAGGGUGCAGGGACGACACUAGUCAUUGGCGUCCCGUCCUCAACAGCCUACAUGCUCACAUAUGACCACCUUCUCAACGUCACACUCCCACCAUUACUUCCCGCUCCCGCUGUGCCCCUCUUCUCUGGGAUGCUCGCUCGAACAGCCGUCUCCUCCUUCAUGUCUCCCCUCGAACUCGUCCGCACCAACCUCCAGUCGACACCACUAUCCCCCGACAACCCACAUACCCUCCGGUCUGUCCUUACGUCCGUGCAUGCCCUCACGCGUGCCCACGGUAUCAAUUACCUAUAUCGGGGGCUCGGGCCGACGCUAUGGAGGGACGUGCCAUUCAGCGGACUGUAUUGGGCGGGCUACGAGACGUACAAGUCUGCGUUUGCACGCGAGGGUUACGCAGGACCGCAAGUCGCCUUCGCGAGUGGUGCGAUCAGCGGGACGACGGCGGCACUGCUGACGUCUCCGUUUGACGUGCUCAAGACGAGGAGACAGGCGGUGUCGAUGCAAAUGCACUCAGGCAAAACCGCGACGUUCCCGUUGAUGGUGGAUAUCAUUCGGAAUGAGGGUAUUACUGCGCUAUACGCUGGCAUUCUCCCCCGGGUAGUCAAGAUUGCGCCUGCAUGUGGUAUUAUGAUCGGUUGCUUCGAGGGUAUUGGCAAAUUCCUCGCCAUGCGCGAAGAGGACCCACGACAUGUGUAG